CUACAUGUAUUACGGUAACGACUACAGUUUCAAGGUGCUCAUUGCGAGUUGUAGCGGAAGACCAGUGUGGUUAGCAACAGCCUGCCGACUGCAACCCGGUCACAGGACGGCGAUACUGCUAACGCAAUAUGGACUGUAUUCCAGUAACUAUUGAUGAUCUUGAGGGUAAAAAGGACCCAGUCCCAGAGGACCCGGAGCACAAUGUGUACACCAGGUUUAUGAAGUCUCACCGGUGUUAUGACCUGGUACCUACCAGCUCCAAAUUGGUUGUGUUUGACACAUCACUACAGGUCAAGAAGGCAUUUUUUGCUCUUGUGUCCAAUGGGGUAAGAGCGGCGCCUCUGUGGGACAGUAAGAAGCAGUGCUUUGUCGGUAUGCUAACCAUCACAGACUUUAUUAACAUCCUUCAUCGCUACUACAAAUCUCCAUUGGUUCAGAUAUAUGAGUUGGAAGAACACAAAAUUGAAACAUGGAGAGAGCUGUACCUUCAAGACUCUUUCAAGCCCUUGGUUAGCAUAUCUCCCAAUGCAAGUUUGUAUGAUGCAGUAUCAUCUCUGCUGAAGAAUAAGAUCCACAGACUGCCUGUAAUCGACCCCCUGACAGGAAACACACUCUAUAUUCUCACACACAAGAGGAUUCUCAAGUUCCUGAAGCUUUUUAUAUCAGAGAUGCCAAAACCUUCGUUCUUGAAACAAACCAUAGAGGAACUGAACAUCGGCACAUUCAAGAACAUAGCAGUGGUCCGUGCUGACACACCGCUGUACACUGCGCUGGGCAUUUUUGUCGAUCAGCGAGUGUCAGCGCUCCCCGUUGUGGAUGACAAAGGUCGAGUGGUGGAUAUAUACUCCAAAUUUGAUGUUAUAAACCUGGCAGCAGAGAAGACGUACAACAACCUGGAUGUGACAGUGACCAAAGCAUUGCAGCACCGCUCUCAGUACUUUGAAGGAGUGUUGACCUGCAACAGACAUGAGACCCUGGAGGCCAUCAUCAACAGACUGGUGGAGGCCGAGGUGCACAGGCUGGUGGUGGUGGACGAGCAGGAAGUGGUGAAGGGGAUCGUCUCCCUUUCAGAUAUCCUCCAGGCGCUAGUGCUUACUGAUGGAGAAGAGGGAACAGCGUGAGGAAGUAACUCAAACAAGGGAAGGCUGAACAGUUUUAAGAGGUCAGGGCAAAGGGAGAAAGAAAACAGGCAUGUGAGAGGGGAAUUAAGACAGUAUAUUGAAUCAUCAUCUCCUGUUAUCCUAUACUCAAACAUGACUUCUCCCUCUCUGCAAAGAUGUGACAUUUUAACAACCCAGCAUUAUAAAAUUGGAAUAGCACAGGACACGCAGAAGCUCCUGUAAAUUGAGCCAAAUUCCAAGCCGCACUAGAGAUGUAAAAGCACAAGAGAGGAGUUGUAGCCUCUCAGGAGGACCAGGCAUCAUUCCCAUCUCUCUGUGACUGCUAGUGCUGAUAUACGUAGAGGAGGACCAUUAAUUAUGACUGAUUAUAAAUGUAUUCUCCUAGUAAUAUAAAUCAAAUAAUCAGUUACCAGCUAAAGGAAAACUGAUUCACUUGUAUGGCCUUUUGUUGGCAGCAUUUCAUUUCUAUAAUAAGGCUAAAAAUCGAUCUGGAGUAGAGGCAUAUAAAGCAAAUGUAAAGGUAAUUCCACACACUGUAACUUUGUCAGAUCAACAUUCGUGUUGUUGUUCUGGCAGGUUACGGCAUUUGACUGCGCCCUGUUCUUUGUACAUAUAAGUAGUAUGAUGUUAUCCGGCUUAAAUGAUCCAUUCAGUUCAGAUUACUUAAAUGCAGGUGGAGGGUUGACUUGUAUAUCUUUUAUUAUUUUUCUACCAUAAACAACUACACUCGCCCCGAUCAUUUGCAAUAAAUAUUGAUGGAUAUAUGGUUACUAAGGUAUUUAUCUGUAUGUAUGUGCCAUACAUACAGUCCAAAACCUUGCUACAUGCUAGCUUUGUGUGAAGAUUGUAAAAUAAUUCAGAUUAAUUUAUCAUUCAGACCUUGGAGCUGGUCAGUAGCCUGUACUGCUCAGUUGUAUUUUUAAAAUGAUUUCACAGAUGUAAAUGAACCGUGGUCACGGUCUAACUAAAUUUAAUAAGUCAGGGCUUUUAGGAAAAUUAGAGGUUUCAGCUUCAGGACCUGUUGCUCCAAAAAUAAUAAAAUAUUAAUAAUAAAAAUAACAAUUUUAAUCCAAUUUCAAUGAACUAAAGAAGAAAAAAUGGAUUUAUGUCAAUUAAGUGAAGUUACCACAGUUAGCUGUGUGUGAAGAAUUCAAGGGCUCAGGUUUUAAUCUUGUUGUGUAGCCAGACAGCGAAGAAGCAAACCUGGAAGGGCACUUUAGGCCCCCAAGACAAACUCGUUGGUGGAGUCUAGAACAGCGUCAGUGAAUCCGCUGUUAGAGACGACCGUUAACUAUUGUUGUAUUCUGUUUGAAUGCACACGCUCUGGAUAUUUAUCAGUUUUAUGUUUUGCCAUUUUGUCUGUGUUGUCGUGUAUAACAAAAGGUUUAAUGGAUUGUACAUUUUACAUUAGAGACACCUUUUUUCUGCCUGUUCUGUUCUUCCACACUUCAGGUUUUGGCAUUAUUAACGUUAAAGGGAUUUUGCUUAUUGCUUUAAUGCUGCAAAUUAAAAAAAAAAAAAGUGGUCCAUCACUUAAAACUAAAUGAUUGGUCAAAUUAACAAUUCAGAUUUAUGUGGUAUUGUUCACGUUCUGAUUUAUAUAUAUUUUUGGUGUGUUAUGUCAGAACAUCAAGUCUAGUUUCUAGAUUUACUCCACUGCUCUCUGGUCAUUGUCAUCAGGGGACUUACUAAAUACCAGCAUUUCCUUUCUGUUUUCAUCAGAUAGGCCAGGAACAUGCCACUCGUCCUGUUUUGGUAUGUUUGAAAUUGAAUGUGUACAACUCUAUGAAUAAAUGCACAGUUUUUGUACUAAUCUGCAUUGAGAUUACAGUUUAAAGGAUGAGCAAUAAAGGUUCUUUGAAUUUGU